GCCCCGGGGCGUCCCCUCGCCGCGCCCCCACCCCGCCGCGAGCCCUCGCGACAGUGCUGGGACAUGGGGGCUCCGCGCAGCCCGCGGCCCGCCGUCCCGGGGCGCCCGCUGGGGCUGCUGGCGCUCCUGCUCCUGGGCGAGCUGGGCCCGGCCUGCGCCUCGCUGCGGCUCUUGGACCACCCGGCGCCCAACUGCUCCCAGCAGGGGCUGAACUGCAUGGUCAAGAACAGUACCUGCCUGGAUGACAGCUGGAUUCACCCUCAAAACCUGACCCCCUCAUCCCCAAAAGACGUCCAGAUCCAUCUGCACUUUGCCCACACUCAGCAUGGAGACCUGUUCCCUGUGAUUCAUAUCGAAUGGACACUGCAGACAGAUGCCAGCAUCCUGUACCUUGAGGGCGCAGAGUUGUCUGUCCUGCAGAUGAACACCAAUGAGCGCUUGUGUGUCAAGUUUGAGUUCCUGUCCAAACUGAAGCAUCACCACAGGCGGUGGCGUUUCAGCUUCAGCCACUUCGUGGUGGAGCCCGGCCAGGAGUAUGAGGUGACCGUUCACCACCUGCCCAAGCCCAUCCCUGAUGGGGACCCAAACCACCAGUCCAGGACCAUCCCCGUGCCUGACUGUGACGACUCCAGCAUGAAGAUAACUACGCCGUGUGUGAGCUCAGGCAGCCUAUGGGACCCCAACAUCACCGUGGAGACCAUGGAGGCCCACCGGCUGCGGGUGAGCUUCACCCUAUGGAAUGAAUCUGCCUAUUACCGGGUCCUACUGCGCAGUUUUCCACACACAGGGAACCACAGUUGCUUUGAUCACACGGAGACUGUACCUGCGCCCAGGCAGGAGGAUUUCCACCAGCGAUCCAACGUCACGUUCACUCUACAUGACUUUAACUGGUGCUGCUGCCACCGAGUAGAGGUCCAGCCCUUUUUCAGCAGCUGUCUCAACGACUGCCUCAGACACUCCCUGACCAUCUGCUGCCCAAAAGUUGUAGAUACUCCAGUGCCCAGGCCUGAGACAGACUUCAUUCCCCUGUGGGUGUACAUCUUCCUCACGGCUGUCUCCGUCCUGCUGGUUGGCUCCGUCAUCCUGCUGGUCCUCUGCAUGACUUGGAGGCUGUCCGGUUCUCGGCAUGAGAAAUGUAAUGACACCAGAUAUGCCGAUAGCCUGCCCAUGGCCGACCUGACACCCCCACCCCUGAAGCCGAGGAAGGUCUGGAUCGUGUACUCAGCCGACCACCCCCUGUACGUGGAUGUGGUCCUGAAGUUCGCCCAGUUCCUGCUCACCGCCUGUGGCACUGAAGUAGCCCUUGACCUACUUGAAGAACAGGUCAUCUCAGAGGUGGGGGUCAUGACCUGGGUGAGCCGCCAGAAGCAGGAGAUGGUAGAGAGCAACUCCAAAAUCAUCAUCCUGUGCUCUCGAGGCACCCGGGCCAAGUGGCAGGCCAUCCUGGGCUGGGAGGAGCCUGCCAUCCAGCUGCGCUGUGACCGCUGGAAGCCCGCCGGGGACCUCUUCACAGCGGCCAUGAACAUGAUCCUGCCUGACUUCAAGAAGCCAGCCUGCUUCGGCACCUACAUCGUCUGCUACUUCAGCAGCAUCAGCACUGAGAGUGACGUUCCUGAUCUCUUCAACAUCACUUCCAGGUACCCUCUCAUGGACAAAUUUGAGGAGGUUUACUUCCGGAUCCAGGACCUGGAGAUGUUUGAACCUGGCCGGAUGCACCGCAUUGGGGACCUCACGGGUGAAAAGUACCUGCAGAGCCCCUGUGGCUGGCAGCUCAAGGAGGCCAUGGAAAGGUUCCAGGAGUGGCAGGCCCAGUGCCCUGAUUGGUUUGAGCGCGAGAACCUUUGCUCAGCAGAUGACCAGGACCUCCCGUCCCUGGAUGAAGAGGUGUUUGAAGAGCCCCUGUUGACACCCAGAAGAGGGAUCAUCAAGCAGAAGCCCCUGAUACGGGAACCUGCCUUGGAGGGCUGUCUGGUGGUGGAUCCGCUCAUCAAAGAGGAAGGAAGAGGAACAUCAAAGCUGGAACCUCAGCUGCAGCCCCAGGAGGAGCUGGCAGCCCCAACCCUCCAGACCGUGGUGCUCCCUGUGGAGGAGGCUUCUCCAGCCCAUGCAGUGGAACCCAUCCAACCCACUGCUGGGAGCAGCACAGCCAGCCGGCUGGCUAUGGCAGAGGAAGGUGAGGCCUGCCCACUGCUGGGGGGCUGUGGCCCCCAGCGGAACAGCGUCCUCUUCCUCCCUGUGCAUUCGGACGACUCACCUCUCUGCAGCACCCCGAUGGCAUCGCCUGAACACCUUCCUAGUGACGUGAGGGAGCAGCUUGAAGGCUUGAUGUUCUCCCUCUUCCAGCAAAGUCUGAGCUGCCAGGUGCAGGAGGGGUGGGAGAAGCCCGAGGUGGUCUUCAAAGACCUGCACACGUCCUAUGAGGAGGAGCAGCGGCAGUCUGUGCAGUCUGAUCAGGGCUAUAUCUCCAGGAGCUCCCCGCAGCCUCCCGACGGGUUUGUGGAAAUGGAGGAGGAGGAAGAAGAGGAGCAGGGCCUGGGGCAGUCAGCCAAGCACCUCUCUCCUGAGGACCUGCAGAGCCUGAGGACCCUCCAGAGACAGCUUUUCUUCCAGGAGCUUCAGAAGAGCUCUGGCUGGGACGGUGUGGAGUCAGACAGGCUGGUUGCAGAAGGGCAGGCCUCCUCUUAGGGGCCUUCCCAACCCUGAGCAUUGGAGAAGGGUGUGUGUGCACAUGGGCAUGCGUGUCUGUAUGUGCAGGUGUGUGUCUGUGCGUGUGCUCGUGUGGAGUGUACCCUGUAAAAUGUAGACAUCCUGAUUCUGAUCUCUAGGCAUCCCCCUUAGCUUUUCUCUAUGUGGACAUCCGGUCAUCUUCCAUCCCCACAAGAAUUCACAGCCCAUUCCCUGAAGCUAAUGGCAGAGUGUCCUUGAGCCUCCAUCAUAUAUUCAUUCACUCAUUCAGCAUUUAUUUUGUCCAUACUAUGUGCCAGGCACUUGGGAUACAAAGAUAAAUUGCACAUGGCAUGGCCCCAGCCACCAAGGAGCUCAGCAUAUUAUAUGAGGACGACACAUUAACAAGCGGAGGAUGGUCGUGCAAAGGAUGAAGGCUGAACAGAGUCCUGCCCAGGGCUCUGAAAAUACACAGAAAAGGCACCUAGCCUGAGCAAGAUCCUGGGAGGAGGUGACAUCUGCCCUGCAGGAGAAGCUAACUUCCUGGGCCAAGUGAUUGCGGUUGGGAAGGCGCAGCCCUGGGGAGGGGAGUGGCACGGCAAGUGGGAGCCUUGAGUGGAAGGACAAAGGCCAUGCAAGAGAGCCGUGGGUGGGGAGGUUGCCAGCGCUCAGGCUGAGGAACGCCUGUGGGCCAGCCUGGGAGUUGGGCUAUCAGCCGGCAGGCCUGGGACUUCUUUCAUAUGAUGAGCUGUCACCAUACAGGGGAGGAAGCCAAGGGUCAGACAUACCCAGAGUCACCUUGGAUCAAUUUUAGAGACAGGAUAGAAAUGUGCUAUGUGAAACCUGCCGGCAUUCCACAGAGAGAGGGUUCUGAAGUCUGAAGCUCACAUUCCAGCAUCCCGUCAACGGGAGAGCUACAGCAGGGGGUUCCGCAGGAGCUGCCACCCCCCAAGCUCAGGCAGCACGCUGGGGUCCAACAACAAAUGCAGUGAGCCAUGAGGUAUGGAGGGCCCCCCGGUGGGGGGACUGCAGUGAGGAGCUGGGCAGCCCCUUCGUUGGGGUGGAGAGCAUGCCACUGUGUGCUUAAAGGUCUGAGGACAGCAUUUGAGGAGAUGCUGGCCCAGUGCUUGAAGAGAUUACUCCUGAAUUGCCUUCCUGGGGUGGACUGGAAGCUGUCCCGCGGGGUUCUGAGGAACCCACUGGGACACCUUCUGAGCCAAGGAUAGAGUGUCCGCCAUUGCCCAUGCCUGAAUCCUGGACUCCACUCCCAGCGUGAGUGAGGAAUGUGACAGGCGUAUGCGUGCGUAUUCACGUGCAUGAGAGAGAGACUCAGUAAAAGAAUGGAUAAAUUUGUUAACCCUGGUAAGAA